AUGGAGCCUACGAAGCGAUCACAAAAGACCUUCAUCCCGGGCAUUGUAUCCGACCUCGACUCGUCCUGGAGAAGAUGCUAUCGCAAGCUGAAGCUGGGCAGGGUACCUCUCUUGAGCCCUAGGGCAACUCCUGGCCCAGACGAUGGAAUGGGCGCUAGCAGCUGUCACACCGGCUCAUCAUCCCCUUCCGAUUCGCUCACUAAAAGGAAUCAACUCGCUCCUCUCGAGAAUGGCGACUACUUCAGCUUUGAUCCAGUCUCUGGCAAGCUGAACCCAAUGCCCUCGAGGUCAUCGGCUGAAUCCGUCCAUUUGACGAAGCGACGGCCCAUCCUGUCUCCGACCAGCAACCAUACGAGGCACGCCUCCUGUUGUGCGUCCGAGAAGUUGAACUUCUACCCGCAAUCUACCUCGUCAAAGAGCAUCCGCUGCUUCAAGAAACACCCAACGGCCGCCGCAAAAUUCAGACGAGGGUCACCUCCGCGCUCGCGUCACCAAAUUUCGUACGAGAAUGAUGGCGGCUUCCUUGAAAAGUGGAACCGCACCCAGCUGGAUGGAAUGGAUGAGGCCGGAAGAUGCCCCCUGCCUACUCCUCCACAUUCGCCCCCAUUUCCAAGACUUGAGGGAGCCAACGAUAGCGAGUAUACCCAGGAAGCGGAUGCGGAUGGUGAUAUUGUUCUCCCAGAUGCGGAUGAAUCAUGUCCAUCCACCCGUCUCCGGUGCCGUUGGAGGACUUCGCCCGGAAGUUCCAUGUCCAUCGACAUUGACCUCAAGCCUCCGGCCAAUGUGUGCUGUCCCGAUCCGAAUGAACAAGACAUAGACAUGUCACCGCCUCUUGUUCCAACUUCCCCAGCAAUCGAGCCAAUGCCUCUUCCGGUGAAAGAGCAAGGAAGUGGAGCCCUUAAUCCUCUUUCGCUCAGCAGAUGGGCCCCCGGAAAUGAGUCGAGUCGCCGGACCCGAGUUGCCAGCAAGCAACUCGAUCGAUUCAUAUUGCCGCGGAAGUCACCGAGAAGCUCCCGAGAAAGUCUUCGGCUGAGCACACAAGCUGCGAACCUGUCGAAUUUCGAAAAGACGACACGCCAAAGGCAUCCGGCAUUUGACCCAUUCAGUCGUCAUGUACCGAGGAGUACCAGGGUUCAAGAUGCAUUCCAAAGCCUACAGACACAGAAUUCCGCGAACGGGAGUCACUCAUCUCUCCUGGACUGGAACAACUCUUUGACGCUCAGACACGGUCCACGGCGAAUCAGCGAUGGAGCAGUCUGGAAUGUCGGAGGGUCAGGUGUCGUAAACGACAGUGUGUCCGGAAUUCCUGACGGCCGAGGCGGCAUGCUUGCGAGUGGGACAAAUGCACCAUUACAUACCUCUAUGUUCUUGACCGAAGGGGAUCCUGUGAGCGAGCAGGAAGCCCAUGAGAAGCGGCUUGCCUUUGCCAUGGGAAUUGAUCAGUCGAGCCGCAUUCUCGGCUCAUUCGAAGACCGUGCUAGUUCUAACCCAACCACACCAUCGAGGCCAUCCUGGACAGUCUCAAACCAGAAGAGUCCGGAGUGGGUGGAUAACGAGUGGAUUAAGCGAGGCUCUCUGACAAGCGGUCUUUCUCAGGCGGCAUUUUUGAUUCAACGACAUCAUGCUGACAACGACAACAGGAAGCAGAAGGAGCUUGAAAGAGAAGAAGCCCGUGCCAACCAUCCCAUUCAGAUAUUCCUUGAUGCGCCUCAGCUUAGAGACGACUUCUACUGCUCACUCCUUGCGUACUCCCAUACCGCAAAGUGUCUUGCCGUCGGCCUUGGAUGCAACGUCUACUUGUGGUCAGAAACGCAGGGUGUGGGAACACCUAAGAGUAUCAAUGACCCCCACAACUCACAUGUGACGUCGUUGUCUUUCUCUUCAGCCGAGGGUGGUCAGAGUGUUCUCGCCAUCGGCCGCGCUGACGGAUCCGUUGCUUUGUGGAGCGUCUUCGAUGAAGAGCCUCGUUUCAAUUCCCAACAGCCGCACCCAAUAUCUUGCGUAUCCUUCGGGACAAAUACCGUCAGACGAUCCUCAAUCCGAGAUCCAGCGAUCUUUGUCGACACUGAACAGUUGCUGAUCGGGGAUGAAGAGGGGAACGUUUAUUUUUUCUCUGUCGAAUGGCCUGACAGCACCACUCGCGAUCUUUUUGAUUGGCCUGGAGAGAUGACACUUCUUGCAGGACUCAGAGUCCACACCCAACAGAUAUGCGGUCUUGCUUGGUCACCACAAGGUGAGUUCUUCGCCACAGGCGGCAAUGAUAACAACUGCUUUCUCUUCGAAACCAAAUACGUUCUCUCCGUUCUUCCGGCAUACCAGACCAUGGGCACCCAGCGCUCCGCUUCCGGCUCCCAUCAUUCCACAGUGAGGCCCAGCAACGGGUCUGCUCCUUCCCUUGAUUCAAACGUCGCGAAGCACAAAUGGUCGUUGAAUGCCGCAGUCAAGGCCAUGGCUUUCUGCCCUUGGCAACGUGGCCUUCUUGCCAUCGGCGGUGGAUCCAACGACCGUUGUAUUCACUUCUACCAUACCUUCUCCGGUGCUUGCUUAGCUACAGUCGACUGCAGUGCACAGGUGACUAGUCUCAUCUGGAGCACUACUCGCCGCGAAAUAUGCGCUACAUUUGGCUUUGCGCAACCAGAGCACCCUUUUCGCAUUGCCGUUUUUAGCUGGCCAGCGUGCGAGCAACUCGUUGCCAUCCCCUGGACAGACGAGCAUCGUGCCCUUUACGCCAUAUCGUAUCCAGGCGGCCCGAACGAUGGACGCACGAAGGGUGAGGGCGGCACAUGGUGGAGCCGAACUCAAGUUGAGGGGUGCAUCGUGGUUGCAACAAGCGAUUCGACUAUCAAAUUCCAUGAGGUAUGGAGCGAAGAGAGGAGAAGACCUAAGCGCAUGGUAAGUGGCCUGGGUGGCAGUGAGAUCCUGGGUGAGCUGCAUGGGAUGGACAACGAGGGGGAAAUGGUGAUUCGUUAG